GAAAUAUCACGCCGGCUGCUUCCGCCGAACUCGAGCCUCAUCCCAAAUGACUUCCUCUAGUAUAUGUAGGGCACUAGAUAGGGCGCGAGAGGCGCUUAUUGUACCUACUAUGUAGUGCACUUCUUAAGGGAGGAGGAAAGAAUUUAGGAUUUGAACUUUGAGACGCGAGAACAUACACCACGGAGAAUAAACAUUGGCCUUAUUGGAGUUUAUAGCGAUAAAGUUUAAAGAUUGAUUAGAUUUUGAAAUUAAUUUUAGGGGAAAAAUCGGUUAAACCUCGCCGCUUUUUCGUCCCUAAAAUGGCGCCAACGAUUCAAACGCAAGCGCAGCGCGAGGACGGGCAUCGGAGCUCGUCACACAGAACCGUCCCUGAGAGGUCCGGUGUUGUGUGCCGGGUGAAAUACUGUAACAGUCUCCCUGACAUCCCGUUCGACCCCAAGUUCAUCACGUAUCCCUUCGACCAACACAGGUUUGUGCAGUAUAAAGCCACCUCACUCGAAAAACAACACAAACACGACUUGCUCACAGAACCGGACCUGGGAGUGACAAUCGACCUCAUCAACCCUGAUACCUACCGCAUUGACCCUAACAUUGUGUUAGAUCCUGCGGAUGAGAAGCUUCUAGAAGAGGAGAUCCAGGCCCCCACUAGCUCCAAGAGAUCCCAGCAGCAUGCUAAGGUGGUUCCCUGGAUGAGGAAGACGGAGUACAUCUCCACAGAGUUCAACAGAUAUGGUGUGUCCAACGACAAAGUGGAGGUCAAGAUCGGUGUGUCGGUGAAGCAGCAGUUCACAGAAGAGGAGAUCUACAAGGACAGAGACAGUCAGAUCGCUGCCAUCGAAAAAACCUUCGAGGACGCCCAGAAAAACAUUACGCAGCACUACAGCAAACCAAGAGUUACACCUGUGGAGGUGUUGCCCGUCUUCCCUGACUUUAAGAUGUGGAUAAACCCGUGUGCGCAGGUCAUCUUCGACUCCGACCCCGCUCCUAAAGAUGUCUCCGGCUCUGCGGCUGUAGAUAUGAUGUCACAGGCUAUGAUCAGAGGAAUGAUGGACGAGGAAGGGAACCAGUUUGUGGCGUACUUCCUGCCCAACGAGGAUACGCUGCGCAAGCGGAAAAGAGACGUGGAGGAGGAAGUGGACUACAUGCCCGAGGAGCUAUACGACUAUAAGAUAGCGAGAGAGUACAACUGGAACGUGAAGAACAAAGCCAGCAAAGGCUACGAGGAGAACUACUUCUUCAUCUUCCGAGACGGAGACGGCGUUUACUACAACGAGCUCGAGACCAGGGUGCGCUUGAGUAAGAGGCGCGCGAAGGCCGGUGCUCAGUCCACCACCAACGCUGUGCUGGUCUGCAAACACAGAGAUAUGAACGAGAAAGAGCUGGAAGCACAGGAGGCUCGCAGAGCUCAGCUGGAGAACCACGAGCCAGAGGAUGAGGAGGAAGACAUGGACAUGGACAAAGACACACAGGACUCUGGCGACGAGAAGGAGAAAGGCAGCGAGAGCGAGAACUCUGACAGCGGCUCCGACCGGGACGAGGAGGACGAUCGGCGCGGCGACAACGAUGAAGAGGAGGAUGAAGAGGAGGAAGAAGAGGAGAGGAAGGGGAGCGGCAGUGAGAGCGGAGAGGACCGGCAGGCACGUGACGAGGAGGAGAUCUUCGGCAGCGACGACGACAGCGAGGAAGACGACGAGGGCGGCGUGCGGAGGAGGAGAAGGAGUGGGAGCGAGGACGAGGACGCAGAGGAAGAGGGAGGAAGGGCGAGCGGCAGUGCCUCACCCGCCCACAGCAGCAGCGGCCAAUCAGAGGGAGGGGGAGGGCAAAGCGGCAGCGAGAGGGGGUCGGACUCCAGCGAUGGCAGUGACAGCGAAUGAGACGACAGCGGGAGGGAAAAACUACAACCACCAUUAUGACUGGAGCUCGCUCGCACUCUACUGCUCGCACUCUUCUUCUCACACUCUUCUUCUCUCACUCUACUUCUCUCACUCUUCUUCUCACACUCUACCGCUCGCACUCUUCUUCUCACACUCUACUGCUCACACUCUACUUCUCACACUCUUCUUCUCUCACUCUUCUUCUCACACUCUCCUGCUCGCACUCUACCGCUCAUACUCUUCUUCUCACACUCUUCUUCUCUCACUCUACUUCUCUCACUCUUCUUCUCACACUCUACCGCUCACACUCUCCUGCUCGCACUCUUCUUCUCACACUCUCCUGCUCGCACUCUUCUUCUCACACUCUACCGCUCAUACUCUUCUUCUCGCACUCUACCGCUCAUACUCUUCUUCUCACACUCUACUGUUCUUAUUCUUCUGUUCUUACUCUACCACCUGCACUCUACCGCUCUUACUGUUCAUCUCGUACUCUACCACUCACACUCUUCCGUUUAUACUCUACUGUAUUUACUCUACCGCUCAUACUCUACCACUCACACUCUUCUGUUCUUACUGUUCAGUUUACGCUCUACCUCUCUUACUCUGCAGUUUUUACUCUGGGUCUCAUACUCUAUUGCUCACAUUCUACCGCACAUACCCUACUGCUCACACUCUGCUUUUUUUUUUUUUUACUCUGCUGCUCAUACUGUACCGCUCAUACUCUUCCGUUCUUACUCUACUGCACAGUCCGCUGCUCAUACUCUACUGUUCAUUAUAGGAAAGAGAUGAACAAAAACAACAAAUUGUUUCUUUCAUUUUGCCUUGUUCUUUCUUCUUUUCUUUAUGGUGACAUGUUUCCUGCUCCAACACUUACUGUCCUUACUACACUGUCUUGUCAGAAUAAUUCCUAAUCAAUUCUAACAAAUCCUCAACAGUAGUAGUAGUUUAUUCUCAAGUGCUGUUCUUUGUGGCAGAGAGACCGUGCAUAUUACCCAUAAUCCAUUGUGAGCGCGUGUCUGGUGGCGAGUCGGUUAUAUAUACCCUGUGCUAAAUGAUGCGUUGUUUCACACUGUCUCACUGGAAUUAUCUCUAUCCAGUAGUCGCAGUUGGGAUAAUUUCUUAAAGGGUAAAUAAGGUGUGUUGGAGCAGGAAAAAUGCGAAUCGCUAAAUCCGCUUGGAUUCAGCAUUUACGCUCAGUAUGACCUUCUCAACCUGAAGGCUCGAUGCUUUUCUGUCACUGCUGGAGCAGAUGUUGAUGCUAAGAACAGAUCUUACCCUUUAUGUCCUAACAAAUAUAAAUAUACACAUCAGCAAGAUCUAUCCAUUGCUCCGCUUUCUCAACAAACCUGUCUGACUAUAGUAUCAUGAGGUUUUUUUUCUGUUUCUUUAUUUUGAUCCAAAGGUCAUAUUGAAAUUUAUGUAAUGUUUUUUGUUGUUGGUUUGUUUUAAUAGCUGUAGAAAGUAAAGUCUUCUCACUUCAUCACUUUGCUGUAUAAACUGCUGUAAAUAAAGAACAACCAGUUCAUUUGUUUAAAAAAAA